GAAAACUGAAGUAAAGUGAAUCAAGCUGAGCUUCAAAUGACACAAGAGGUCUAUCUAACUUAAACCAGGUAGGUACCUGACCUAGGUAACCUAAGGGACUUGGGUUACGCCGAAUUGAUUGGCUCCCGCUCUUUUGGAUUUAGUGGGAUUUUCUCAAUCGGGUUGCAAAAUCAGGGCUUUGCAUGUUUGGGCUUUUUCUUAGGAGCCAAUCAAUUUCGUCAGCACAGAUCAUCGUAAGUUCUUCGAGCUUCAUCCGUCGUUUAGCUGAGAGAGAAAGAGAGAGAGGUUACAUGGAAUGACUGGAAUACGGAACUGAGACUGGGAAAAGAGGUGUGAAAAGAUUCAAUCUCACCGUCGUUGCGAAAUAUACGAACAAAUAAAAUACGCUACGAUUUACAUAUAUCGGAAAUCUCGGAUUUUAUUAAAAAAAGAUCAGACCUGGAAAAAAAAGAGGUGUGCUUCAAGCUCCUCCAUUUUUUCCACAUUUUUUUACCCACAUAAUCGGAGCCCAGCCACAUCACAUACCCAAACAACAGCGGCCAGCAGCAGGCAGCACUUGGACCAACCUACCACAACAAAGCGCGAAAAGAGAGGAGCAAACGAAAAAUGCCGGAACGCAAGACGUACGUGGUGGAGCACCUGGACGCGGAGCUGGGGCCGUGGUCGGAGCUGGAGUACGCGGCGAUCGCGGAGGAGACGCAGCGGGCCAACGGGACCUUCAUGCUGUCGUCGCUGCCGCACGGCUUCAAGGUCCCCUACCGGCUCACAGGUUACCCGUCCUUCAUCGCCGAGGGCAGGAGCGUCGAGGACAUCUACAAGGACGACGAGGAGCGCGACCGCGUCUGCCUCCUCGAUCCACAGGCCGAUAAGGACCUGAGCCCCGACGACAAGAGGGACUUUGAUGUUUUUCUGUUUGGUGGCAUUUUGGGGGACGAUCCCCCGAGAGAUCGCACGUCUGAGCUGCGCAAGAAGGGCUUCCAGGGUCGCCGGUUAGGGCCCGUGCAGAUGACGACGGAUACGGCGGUGCGGGUGACGCGGAUGGUGAUCGAGGAGCAGUUCACGCUAAACAAGAUACCCUACCUCGACUACCCCGAGCUCAAGUUCAACGAGCACGAGAGCACGGAGAUGCCGUUCCGCUACGUAAAGGGCAAGGACGGAAAGCCGAUCAUGCCUCAGGGAAUGAUAGAUCUUAUCAAGAAGGAUGCCGACAAGAGUAUCAAGGACCUAUUCUAGAUUCCGCUAUAGGCUGUAAACUCUUACGGUCAUGGCGGAUAAAUCAAGCUACGAGUAUUUUGGGACAGGUUGGGUGGGUUAGGCACCCUACCAUUACUUGAUCAUUACCUCAUGACUGGUUCAAGGGAGUUUGGGUUAUUUUAGGAUGGUCUGCGACUUUUGUAUU